CUAAUGUUAUGUCGAAAAAAUAUCUUAGCAAAAUAAUAGAAUAAAAAUAUAUUAUGAUACAUUAAAAUGCAUUCAUAUCGGAUGCUAUAUUUAAUAAGAUUAAAUAUUUUUAAAAACACCUAAGAAUGUUAAUUCAUAAGAGUCACGGAAUGCAAUCGGUACAUCAUUAUUAUUAAAUUAUUUUGUUUAUGAUUAAGUUGAUAGUGUUACUGUUGCCAGCAGACAAGGUAAUAAAACAAAAAAUAUUAUAGUAAAUGAAAAGCGGACUAUUCGAAAAUUCGAUGUAAUAAUACCAAUAUAUUAUUAUUAAGUAUGUACCCAUAUAUUAUCGAUAUACAUGAAGCUAUCUCAUUAACAAAAACUGUUAAUUAUCGAUUAGGUCCCACCGAUUGGACUCACCGUGAUAUUACCGUGAAGUACGAACAUAUAUAAACCUUAUUGGUGUUCGUAAAAUGUAUCAGUCGACUUCGGUAGAGCUUCACAGAACAUACAUAUACUACAUGGUCAUAUAGACAGGAGACUUAUACAAACAAUAAAACAAUGGCAUACGAGAUGUUCUCCGUCGGGAUUAUUGUGCUCGCUUUAGUCGGUAUGAGCUUGUGUCAACAACAGCAACAAUUCAACGCUGGUUUACCGUCACAAUACUUGCCAUCCACCUUGUCACAGGGAUCCUUCCAGGCGUCACUGGGAGGUGUCCAACAGGCACAGACCAAAUUCGAAGACAUCGAAAGUCAAUCUGACAAACUAUCGUUUUCAAACUUGGAACAACCAAAGUCUUACCAAGAUGCUGUGCAACAACAAAAUCUAGCUCAAUCAUACCAGACAGCUUUCGGAAACACUGGUGUGCAGUACUCAACUGGUACGCCAAACUCUUACCGUGGCAAUCAAGAUGGCCAACAGUACUACGUGCCAGCCACUCAACAGUCAGCCGAACCUCAAUUCAUUACCAAGGAAUCGUACUCGACGUCCUUACCGGUAGUCAUCCCCGCGGCCACCCCAUCACAGAUUCAACCAGACUUCAAACAACAAUUCACCACCCCCACUCAAACUCAACAAGAUAUCUUUGGCACCGACGCUGCUCAUGCUCAACAUGAGUACAGUCAUCAUCAAGACUACAGAAAUCAACAUUUACCUUCCCUUGCUCAAGUUCAAGUAGAGUACAAACAACAGGUCGCUGCUCUUGAACAAGCGCAACUUGAGUACAAAAAACAGUUCGCCGCUAUAAGUCAGAUUCAACAAGAACUUAAACAACAGUUCGCUGCACCAAUCGAGGCUCAACAUGAAUUGAAAAAACAGUUUUCCGCUCUUGUACAAGCUCAAAAAGAUUACAAACAACAGUUCGCUGCUCUAAAUGAGGCUCAACAAGAACUUAAACAACAGUUCACUGUACCGGUUCAGGUUCAACAAGAAUUAAUACAACAGUCCACCGCGCUUGCACAAUCCCAACAUGAGUUUACCAAACAAUUUUCCGCUCUUGCACAAGCUCAACAAGAGUACAAACAACAGUUCGCUGAACUUGCACAAGCUCAACUGGAGUUCAAACAACAAUUCGCCGCACUUAUCCAAGCCCAAAAAGAACUUAAACGAGAGUUCGUAGCCCCAAAUCAGAUAUAUCAUGAACACAAACAGCAAUUCACUACCCCAGCUCAACAAGUAUACAGACAAUACGCCGUACCACAUCAGGGUGGACAAGACUAUAGACAACGAUUCGUUGUUCCAACACCCGCAUAUCUAUUCAUACAAAAAUCAACCGCCUCCACUGCCACUGGUCCAAUAAAUUACUCGUACGUCGCCCAGUACCCGGCCACCCAGACCAAAUCCCAAACAGUCUCUGCCAUCCAACCAAAAUUACAGUACGCCACCAUCCCUCAACAGAACUACCACACCGUUCCCUCCGAACAGAUCACCGUCACCGAACAGCCACGUGUCCAACAGUCAGAAACAAACCAAACGUCGUCAGGAGUUGCCAUAUCUACCACACCAACCUCAUUGAAAGAAUCGGUUACCUACAAGUCUGAAUCAACACCAACACCGCGACAACAACCCAAAGUUCCAGAUAGUGACCUCAGAAUCAUCGCUUAGAAGUUACACAUGAUAGGGCAGUAUAUAAUAUAUAUUAGUAUAUACUCAGUAUAAUCAUUAACGUGAUUACACGUCAGUAUAAUUAUAUUAUUUAUUAUUAUUAUUAUUAUUACAUUUUGUAUUAUAUAGGGUAGGUAUUUAUUUUCGGUAUUAUUUCCGCACACUAUAGCUGGCAGGUUUUCACUUUGCAGUGUGCUUCUCGUGUUUGCGUGAAUAUUCCAUUAAAAAAAUUAUUUAUUAAAAUGUUUGUUGUUUAUUUGGUUUUAAAUAAAUGUCUAAAUACUUAAA